UGAACUGUUCAUUAACGCAGGCAGGUGGAGGUGGAAACUGCUUUCAGUAAACCCCACGUACUCAUUCGUCUCAGCUGGAUCACCCGAGGGAAUCACUGCAGAUUGUUUAGACAGAAAGUCCUGGUUUUCUGCCCAAGACAGGUCCUGACUAGAAGGGAGCAUGUCCAAUUUCACCUUGAGAAAAACAUCUCCCACAGGAAACGAUAUGAAGACUGCCACACAGGGGACCACACUGAGGCAACAGGGUUUCCAGGAGGUCAACAAAAGAAGGACUUUCUUACAGGAUAACAGCUGGAUAAAGAAACGUCCUGAAGAAGAAAGAGAUGAAAAUUACGGUAGGGCGGUGCUCCACAGACAUAAUUCCCACGAUGCCUUGGACAGGAAAACAAAUGAGAGGGAAGAGCCAAAGGCCACCAUCAGUCGGUACAGAUCUGAUGACACUUUGGACAGGAUUUCAAACAGAAAUGAUGCUGCUAAAACAUAUAAGGCCAAUACCCUGGAUAACCGACUAACCAAUAGAAAGGUGUCCACGUUUCAACCACCAGAAGUGACAAAGACGCAACCUGGAGGUUUGUCCGGUGCAAACGCCACCAACACCCCAGCUUCCACCUCCACUACUACUCCUGUGAAGAAAAAGAGACAGUCCUGGUUUCCACCACCCCCUCCAGGUUAUAACACCACCCCAAACACAGGAGCAAGCAGAAGGGAACCAACUGUUCACCCUCCGAUACCUCCAAAGCCCAGUUCCGCUGUUUCAUCUCCUAACCAGCUGAAGCAGAAUAAUAGGCAGAUAUAUCCAGCUAAACCAAGUGUAUAUACAGAAGCCAACAGAUCUGCUGAAAGAAGUAUAAGGAGUCAGGAUCUGGAGAACAUUGUCAAAGUGGCCACUUCGCUUCAGAAAACUAACAAGGGUGAAGAAUUGGAUAAUCUCAUCAAAAUGAACAAAAGUUUGAAUAGAAAUCAAGGUCUCGAUGGUCUCUUCAGAGCAAAUCUUAAGUCAGAAUUAACGGAGAAAAGAGCCAAAAGCCUUGAAAAUCUCAUGUUUGUGAAUACCCGGACAGAUAAAGAUGGCAAAGGAAACCAAGGCCUUGGAAGUCUUAUUAAAAUUAAUCAAAGGGCUGACAAAAUCGAGAAAGGAAGCCAAGAUCUCAAAGAGGUUAUUAAAGCAAAUGCCAUGACAGAUCAGACAAGCAGAGGAAGUAAAGACCUUGAUAGCAUUAUCAAAGUGAAUCCCAAAGAAAGUGCAAACACCACUGGGAAGCAAGACCUCAAUGGGCUUAUUAAAGUAAAUCCUGAAACAAAUAAAAAUAUUAAGAGGGGCCAGAGUCUUGACAAUCUCAUCCAAGUGACCCCUGAAGUUAACAGAAGUAACCCAAGUUCCAAAAACCUGGAUAACCUCAUCAAAGUGAACCCAAGAACCGGGAAAAGUGUGCAAGGGGACCAAAGUCUUGACAACGUCAUCAAAGUGGCUCCGGAAACAAACAAAACUAACCAAGGGAGCCAAGACCUGGACAGUCUUAUUAAAGUGACUCCCUCAGCAAAGAAAAGCAGUGAACAAGGUCUUGAUGAACUUAUUAACAUAAGCCCCAAAGCUGUCAAAAACACGGCUAGAAAUCAAGAUCUUGAUAAGCUCAUCAAAGUGAAUCCUGAAAUUCUCCUCAACAAUCAAAGAAACCAGGAUCUCGAUAACCUCAUCAAAGUGAAUCCUGCAGUCAUCAGAAGCAAUCAAAGCCAAGCUUUAGACAAUCUCAUUCAAGUGAAACCUUCAGCACUCAGGAAUACUAAGCGAGACCAGAACCUAGAAAAUUUAAUUGACAUAAGUUACAAUGUGUCUAAGAAUAAGAAUGAAAGGCAAGAUGGCCAGGUCACUGGAUCUACUGAGAAUUUAAUCAGCCCAUCCUCUAGAACAGCUGCCUAUUCUUAUGAAGCCAGAAAGACACUCAGCUCCAAUGCUGAAACCAGGCAUGCAGGAUCAAAGGAUACAGUUGUGUACACAAGGACGUACGUGGAGAAUAGCAAAUCACCAAAGGAUGGAUAUCAGGAGACUGUCUCUGGAAAAUACAUACAAACUGUUUAUUCGACUUCAGAUAGGUCUGUCAUUGAGAGAGACAUGUGCACUUACUGUCGAAAACCCUUGGGCACAGAAACCAAGAUGAUUUUAGAUGAAUUACAAAUUUGCUGCCAUUCGACUUGCUUCAAGUGUGAAAUAUGCAAACAACCUUUGGAAAACCUACAAGCAGGUGACAGUAUUUGGAUUUAUAAACAGACAAUACAUUGUGAAUCUUGCUACUCUAAAGUUGUAGCCAAGUGGAUUCAGUAAUUCUGGCACAUGAAAAUCAAGAGGAAAGUAUUCACUGAAGAAUUAAAAUUUUUAUUAUAAGAACAUGUAAUCUAAAAAAGCUUUUACACCAAUGACUGACUCUUUGUAUAACAACUCUGCUAUUGCAUAAAUAAUUGCUUAUACUAAGGUCACAUACAUAAAGGGAACCAUCUGGUAUCUGGUUAGAUUUAGAGACAAAAAAUUAAAGUGGUCUAGCUACCAACAUCAAAGGAAGGAUGUUUCUGAUGGCAGUGAGCAUUGUCAGCCUUGACCAGGUCCAUCUCUGCUCAGUAUUAGGCUGUGCAUCACAAUUUCCAUUAGAGACCAAGAUUCCCAAUUUCUCAUCUUUGUUUCCCUAGGGAUUUGGAUCUACAGAUGUUACUGACAUCUUGACAAAACUGUCAAGGAAACAAGAUAUGUACAUUUCUUAUGUGCAGAAGAAAUGUUGACAGAAAUUUUGGCAGAAAGAUAAAGUCUGGCAGAAAGAUGUUAGUAUAUAAAGGUGUAUGGACCUCAGAAAAUCACUUAAACUAUUCAGAUUUUGGUGCUAUUAUCUGUAACAUGAGGGGAAAUGGACAAAAUGAUUUCUGAGGUGAGGUCACUUUCUGCUCCAAAACUCUCAGAUUAUAAAGCAAGUUUUGUUUGAUCUUUAGAAUCAUACCUGAAUCUGUGUUUGUUAAGCAUGUGGAACUAGAUAGGAUAUCUAAACAAUUUAAUGUUGCUGUCAUCCUUUAGUUUAUUACAGAUAUAAGUUUUAUAGAACAUGUUUUAUAAAUAUAAACACAUGCAUUUAUUGGCAAUGGGUAAAAAUCACAUGGCAUGUAUAGUUUACAUAUUAUAAUUUGUUACACUUUCUUUUCAAAAUUUGGAUUUGUAGAUGAUCUAUGAGAAAUAAUGGUAAUGGACUACAAAGACAUGUUCUUUAGCAUGCUAUACCUAUUCCUACUACAUAGCACUUUAUAUUUACAGAUGGCUUAUAAAAAUAAAACGGUCAGUUACACAGAA